CUCUCUCCACGAGAGUGCGCGCGGAAAGUGUAGCGCGCUGUUUUAUUCUCUCUUUAAAGUCUCUGCGUCUCACUCUCUAUCUUUCUUUCUGAGAGCCCCAUCCGAACAUUAGACAGUAUGGGACUCUAAAUAUAUUUUCUUACCUUGUGGAUUUUGGGGGAUUUCUGCCUUUAUAAAAUACAGGACAUAAACAGAAUGGGAUUUCAGUGAGCUUAUGAUGCAGCAGGCAAAAUGACUCGCUCCGUGGGUUCCGUGGAUUCUCCCCGCAGGCGAAGAUCAGGAGAAUGAUGGACGAAAAUAAGCAGCUCGCGGAGCGGGUCGAUGGCGCGAUACAGUGCGCGAAGCAGGAGGUGGCGAACCUGCGCGCGGAGCUGACAGCCACCGGCCACACACUGGCGGAACUCCGCGAGCUGGAAGAACCGGGCGAACCGCGGGAACAACAGAACCAACAACAGAACCAUCACGAUGCACCAGUGCAAAGACCGAAAGCUUUGACAGAGCUGGGUCAGAAAGGUGACAUUGUUGUUCAGGAGACGUCAUUAGAUAAAGUGCUGCUGCACGAGGAGGUGGUGCGUCUGCAGGAGGAGGUGUCAGUGCUGAAGCAGGUCAGGGAGAUGUUGAAUCGCGAGCUGGAGGAGACAGGAGGAGGCUGCUCUGUGGAGCUGCUGUCUAUCUCACAACUCCGUGUGCAGCUAACACAGAAAGAGCAGGAGCUUGACAGAGCAAAGGAAGCAUUACUAGCAAUGAGGGCAGACAGGAAGCAUUUGAGGUUGGAAAGAACUGAUCUGGUGAAUCAGAUGCAGCAGCUCUACACAACACUGGAGAGCCGUGAGGAGCAGCUACGAGACUUCAUACGCAACUAUGAGCAACACCGAAAAGAGAGUGAGGAUGCAGUCAGAGUUUUGGCAAGGGAAAAAGAUUUGUUAGAACGGGAGAAGUGGGACCUACGCCGUCACACCAAAGAAGCCACAGAAUAUGCAAGUGCACUCCGAUCUGCACUGGACCUGAAAGAGAACAGGAUCAAAGAGCUGGAAGCUGAACUGACUAUGGCAAAACCAUCUACUCUCACUAAGGAUGUUCCUAAGCGGCACUCACUAGCCAUGCCCACAGAAACUGUCAUCAACGGCAACCAAGAGUGGGCGAUGCAUGCAGAGCUUCCUCUGACUGCAGCGAUACGACAAAACCUUUACCACUCGAUGGACAGACAGGUGCUGAAAGCAUCACCAUGCGUGUGCGAUGCUGACGGCAUCAGCGUGAUGUCAUCAGCCGCAGCCAGGAUCAGUCCGUGUCACUCUAAACAGAUGUCAGUCAGCUCAGACGCCUCGGUGACAGAGGGAGAGAGAUCCUCAACACCUUCAAGUUCACCACGACACAGAACAAACUCCCUCUGCAAUUCUUUAGAGGAUCUAGAGGAGCAGAGACGCAGAAAGAAGAAAGAGAGGAUGGGUCUGAGCUCUCUGUCGCGGGUGUUCGGUCGAGGAAAGCAAAGAAAGUCUCUGGACCCCACUCUGUUUGAUGACUCCGACAGUUUAUCAAGCCCCGCCCGCCUCAGUGUGAGCCUAUCAGAAUGCGAGGAACAACUGGAUCGGCUCCAGCAGGUCGAGCUCGCGCGGACGGCCCCCAUGUCCCGUUGGCGUGCAGGAACCGUGCAGGCUUGGCUGGAGGUGAUCAUGGCCAUGCCGAUGUACAUACGGGCCUGUGCAGACAACGUUAAAAGUGGGAAGGUCUUGUUAGGUGUUACGGAUGAGGACCUGGAGUUUGUUUUAGGUAUCAGUAAUUCAAUGCACCGCAGGAAACUCCGUCUGGCCAUUGAAGACUACAGGGAUGCAGAAUCAGGACAUGGCCUUUCUAAAGCAGCUGAUCUGGAUCACCACUGGGUGGCUCAGGCCUGGCUGACUGAUGUGGGACUCCCUCAAUAUUCCCAGUUCUUCCACACUCACCUUGUCGAUGGACGUCUCCUAAGUACACUCACACGCACCGACCUUGAGAAGCAUCUGCACAUGUCUAAAAAAGCCCACCAGAACAGUCUGCUGCUGGGAAUACAGCUGCUACACACACUCAACUUUGACAAAGAGAUUUUGCAAUCCAGGCGAUCAGAGAGUGAGAAUCAGAACACAGACCCAGUCGUGUGGACCUGUCGUCGCAUCAUCAAAUGGAUUAAAGAGAUUGAUCUGAAGGAGUUUGCUGACAAUCUUCAGAACAGUGGGGUUCAUGGUGCCAUCAUGGUUUUGGAUCCCUCCUUCAGCUCUGACACCAUGGCGGCAGCUUUAUGUAUUCCAUGCAACAAGCUGAUGGUCCGUCAUCACCUGAAUGAAGAGAUGAAGGCACUUGUCAGUGCAGCCAGGGCAGGGCUUGAUCAGGAAGUCGAACCUUUGGGGACUCCGCCCACACUUCAACGGCAGGGUUCUCUAAGUAGCUCAUCACCCAGUUGGCAUGAUGAUCAGCAGUCUUUAAAACGGGUCAAGGAGCAGCUCGGUCUCAGCCCAAAGAAUUUCACUGGACAGAAGAUCAGUCACCAGAACCGAUCCGGGUCAUUUCCAAGGAAUGGACUUCAGGAGGUCUCGCUACAACUAGAGCGUUGCCCAGUUCGACAUUUUUCUGCUGCUGAGCUCACCAAUGUCUGAGUCAUUCUCCUAUCAGGAUUACUGUUGAAAAACAUGACACUCCCUAAUGGGGGAUUUUAUUUCCUUUUUCAAGAUGAAUGUUGUUGAAAACUCAAUGAAAGUUCUCAGUUUGCCAGUAGGGGUCUUUGCUUUGCUUUGUAGACCUUAUGAUGUUGUGUAAAACUGUGGACUCAUUUGUCUCAAAGUGAGACGAUCUUUAGAAUGCAUUUGAAAGGGCACACUAAACAUUUAUUUAUCUGUUUAGAUGUUUGAUGAAAUUAUUGUCAUGUGAGGGUAAGGAAUGUGUGAGGAUUCGGGGUGAAAUAUCCCUUGAAAAUUAUAACUAAGAUUUGUGAGAACUCCACCAUGAAAAUUGUUAAAGUUGGACCCCCCCACAAUAAAAUGAAUAUCUUCACAUUUAAUGGGUACAAUUUAGAAAACAGACUCUGAUAACAUUAGCUGUAGUACUACAAAAUACUGUACAAAAUAAUGUUAAAUGUUGUGUUACACAGUAGAUCAUUAUUUAAAUUAGAUGAUUAUUUGAAUUUACUUGGAUGAACAUUAUAUCCACUAUGUUUAACUUAGUCACGUGGUCACAGUAGGUUAAAAGCAGGUCCAUUUCUACAGCUUAGUACACAUGCUCACCCAGACACAGUUUUGUAUAAUAUGCAACAUCUCUGAGAACUCCAUUUAAAAUUUGCCUCUACUUCUACUUAACCAAAUGGUUCAAACCUGCUAUUUUUGUGUCCCAGCUGUAAAACAACAUAUACAUUUUCAAUACCAUUUAAACAUAGCUAGUAUGCUACCAACUCCAAGGUCAUGCACAGUGCUAAGCUUUAGCAGGGGCUAGGCUAAUUGUCACAGUAAAUGUGCAAAGAUCAAAGAUAUGACUUGUUUAUUUAUGCGUUUAUGAAAUUACUUUCUGAAGCAACUUAUAGGGAGGGACAUGUUUUACAGAGAAAGACAGGACAACAUGUUCUCCAUAUAAAACUGGUCUUAAAUUUUAUUUAAGUCUUCUCUCUGGUACUUCUUCCCUAUUUUAUCCCAAUACAUUAAGACAAUAAACUUUUUUUCUCUCUUUU